CCUAGCAUGUUAAACUGAUUUAAUCAAGUGUAGGUGGCUAUACAAAGCUGAAACCCCCGGUUAUCUAGUAGUCUAUUAGAUGUGUGCCAUGUAAGAGGGCAUGAAACAAUGUUUAAAUAAAUUAGCCGUAUCUUGUUUAUUAAAACGACUAUAGGAAUAAGGUAAAUAACAGAGGGAACGAUAACUAACGUAAGGUACAGUAAUACAGGACAGAUGUAACAAGACACUAUUGCGAUGGAACACAAAAAGAAGAGUGUCUCUGCCUUGUACGUGGCCAGUAAAAGAAAGUCUUCAAAGCCAAAGCAAAAAGGCAAAGCACAAGCAACCUCUAAGGAUCAUGAAAAGGAAGGUAAAUCAGCCCAAAACAAACAGUCCAAGAGUGGGGAUUCAGAACCACACAAGGUACAGAAGAUAAAGAUAACUCUAGGAGGAAAGAAGCCUCAGGAGUUUCAGAGUAACUUUGUUCCAGAGGAAGCCCCUGCUGACUCAGGGAGUGACUGCUCCAGUUCCUCUUCAGAAGGCAGGGUCAGUGGUGCCGAUGACGAUCCAGAAACCUUCAGGAAACCUGCUUGCCGGCUAGAAACGAGGGGGGGCAAAAACAACACAGAUGAAGUCAAGGAGAAGGCUGAGUUAAGCUCCACAGGAACUUCAACAAGGAAACGAAGAAAAACUGAAGCAGAAGAAAAUGAGGGUCCUGACCAGAACUCCACAAAGCAAAGCAAAUUUAUAGUAGGAAAUAAGCGGAAGAAUCUAAACACAGCUGAGCGGCAUUACCUGAAAUCUAAAGGCCUGUGUGUGAAGAAAGAUCCUCUUCCUUAUCAAACAGGAAGUCAAGAGGAGAGUUGGCACCUGCAAAUUCUCGAUAAAGGAAGGGUAUCCUGCCCUACAUGUAAAGCAGUCGUAAGGAAAACAGUGGAAGGACUGAAAAAACACAUGUCAAAGUGCAAAACGGAACCUUUUACAUGUCAGCAUUGUGGAAAACAACUGAAGUCUUUGACUGGAAUGAAGUACCAUAUUAUGGCAGAUCACAGCGACUUGCCAACUUUAGAAGAUGCAAACGGUUUGGACAACCAGGCAAUUAAAGACAAACUCAGAAAGGUGCUAAAAAGAAUGGGCAAAUUAAAAUGUACAAACGAGAGUUGUACAGCUAGCUUCACCAGUAUCAUGGGCUUCCUGUACCACAUGAAGAAAUGUGGUAAAGCAGCAUCAGAGCUGGAGAAACUGGUCCUGAACUGUCAGCACUGUGGAAAAACCUACAAGUCUAAGGCAGGAUUGGAUUAUCACCUGAAAUCGGAGCACUCCCCUGAGCCACUGAGCAGCGAGGAGGAUGAUUUGAAGAAACCAGGGGAGACGACUCAGGAGAGGACGGCCAGCGGCAGAGUGAAGAGGAGGUCAGCCCAGGUGGCUGUGUACCACCUGCAGGAGAUUGCCACUGAGGAGCUGUACAAGGAGUGGCCCAAGCGGAAGGUGCAGCGGGACCUUGUGCCUGAUGACAGGAAGCUAAAGUAUGCAAGACCUGGGUUACCCGCUUUCAGUCAAGAAGUGCUGCGGAAAUGGAAAAGUGAAGUCAAGGUGCAUAGGAAAGUGCAUUGCCCAAAUCAGGGUUGUGACUCUGUCUACACCAGCGUAUCUGGGUUGAAGGCUCACCUUUGCCUUUGUUCUAGGGGUGAUUUUGAAGCUGGGAAAUACAAGUGCCUGAUAUGUGAUAAAGAAUUCAACUCGGAGAGUGGAGUGAAGUACCAUAUCAACUCUAUUCAUGCUCAAGACUGGUUUGCCGUGAGCACCAAAACGGCAAAAAAAUUUGAAAAGCUGAUAAAGACCAAACAGAUGGAGGAUCACAGGAGGAGCUUGUCCAAGAAAAAACAGGCGCUGAAGCCAACCAGGAUUCGCAAAAGGCAGUUGGAAAAGAAGGCGGUCGUGAGCUCCUCUGCUAGCUUGAAGAAGCACCAUAGCAAUUCUGAGAAAAAGGAGAAGGACUGCUAUGAUUUCAGUGGCAGCGACAGCCGGAGCAGCAGUGACAGCAGCAGUGAAGAAGAGGAAAAUUAGGACCAGGAACAGACGAUAGGCAUAGUGGACCCUUAAGUCUGAAUCUAGCCACUGAACGAACCUAAACUAUUUUGUUCCUUAGCAACAGUUUCGCACAUGGCCAUGGUGAAUAUAAACCAAGAAAUUCUUAUCUGUAAGUCAGGCCACUGUUCCAGUUUAAUUUUAAUGAUUUACUGGUUUAAAGCAACUAUAGAAACAGUAUAUACUUAAUAACAUGUCAUACAAACUAUGUCAGGUCUAACACAAGAACCUACAGAGCAAUAUUAAUAUGUUGCCCUGUCGAUUAUUAUUUUAAGAUUAUUAUUUUAAGAGUCUUUUCUAUUUGAAGCUAAUACAUGGUUUUACAGCUUUUAAAAGAUCCAGGGAGGUAUACAAUGUAAAGGGCAAUGUUUCUAUUUUUUGGUAUACAUGGAAGUUAUGCAUUCAGUAUUAGGAAAUAGUACUUUGAGCUGUUUUUUAUUGGACUUGUGAAAUCGUAGUGCAUGCAGUCACGUCUGCUGAACAUCGAUUGUUAGCAAUAGAAUAUGACUUGCUGUGCUUUGAAGUGCAAUGGUGUCAUCGGUUGUUCGUUCUGCUUGCUUUGAAAUUACAUUUUUCAAAAUCAUGUAUGCUUCAUACCAAUCCAUUACAUUUUCUGAUAACUGGAAAAAAGGGGAAUUGAAUCCCCUUUUCUAGAUCUAGAAUGCUUGAUCUUUUUUCAGGUGCUGCACCAUGUAAAAUGUGAAAAAUGUAUUGUAUCUGCAUACAAUAUCUUGCAGUGUGGAAGGAAUGCAUAAACUAUGUUGGUUGUCUGUAAGAUGCAUCUUGCCUGAUGACACUUUCAUCAUACAGUACAUAAAAUAUACAAGACAGAAAAUUAAACACAUCCUUAUAGUUAAACACAGAAUAUCUAUACUACUUUGUUUAAAAGCAUAGAAACCUGCUAUAUUUAGUUAGACAGCUUAAGCAAUUUGAACUCCUAAUUUGAAUUGGAAACUAAUUUAUCUCAUCUAUAGUCUAGAACACUAUACUCUGUGGUUCUUUCUUUCCCUGGUUUAAAUUUUGUCAUACCUCAGGGUGAAAGAAUGUGAAGUGAAGGCUGAAACAACAGCAGUAAUAUUGCAGUACUUAAUGAGCUGUCUUCCAUGCUGAUUAUUGGCACCAAUGCACAGUUUGUCACUAGCCCAGUAGUACUGAUAGCACAGUACCAAUAAUGUCUAUUUAGGUCUAUUCUAAUUGUGUCUAGUCUUGGGUUUUGAUCCUAAAUGUUGUUUGUCAGCUUCCUGUGCCAAUCUUAAACUGGUUCAUUCCAGUCCUAAACUUUCAGACGUAGAAAUUGUUCAUGCGGUAUUAUCACAUAUAUUACAAAAAAGGGUGUGCUAAAUGUUAUACGUUUUAACAGUAACUGCUAAUUGCAUUAUGCCUGUAUAUCAUCAUGCGUGCCCUGAGAAUAUUACAGAAGACCAAAGGAAUGUCGUUUUGUGCAGUUUGCCUCCUGUAAUAAAUAUAUAUGGUGUUAUGUAAUACAGUGCAAAGAAAUACAGAAGUACAGUAAUUGACUAGUAAAAGCAGAGUCACAAUAUGUUAAUUAUUGCAGUCAUGCACAGCCCCCUCCCUGUAAGAGUGCUGGAGCUCUUCCUGGAUGCAAAUUAUGUGCUGUAAUAUUUAUGGCUCCAUACUCAAACGAGUAUACAGCAUGUUACUUUUUUUGUAUAAUGCAGAAUUUUUGUGGGAGAGAAAGGUUUCAUGUGGUAGUAUACAGAGAAAGCAUCAUUCAAGUAACCUAAAAAAAAUCACUUAGUUUUAUUAUUUUAAUAAUUAUUUUAAAAUGACAACCAGUUAACACGCAGUCUAUGUAAUGUCGAUAAACAUUUUUAAAAAGUAAAGCAUCAAGUAUGUGCAGUCUAAGAAAACACAUUUAUAUAAAUGUAAUGUUAAAAAACUGGACAAGCUUUACAAUCCCAGUCAAAGAUGUUUUAUUCAUAGUAGUGUAUUUUAGACCUGAAGACAGUAUUGGAAUUUGAAUACACAGUUAUGAUUAUUACAAAGUGACUUGCCUGUUUAGGAGAAUAUUUACUGCAGACUUGAGGACAGUGACUAUGUAAUAACCCAGUUAAUUAAUCUGUUAAUCAAAAAAUAAUAAUAAUUGUUUGUAAAGUUUUCUUUUUUUUAAAUUAUAUUCCUGCAUUGUUGUUGAAAAUUCCAAAUGUAUAAUAAAAUGGUACAUUAUGCUGUGUUCUACAAUUAAGUUUUAGUAACUCUUGUUAAUCAACAGAAUUUAUAUUGAAGCAAACUAAUGCUGAGUGACGAAGAAAACCACAACAUUUCACUAUGUCAUAAAUAUGCUUACUGGCCAAAUAAAUAAACUGGUCUGAAUGAAAAGUCA